CAGAGGUUCCCUACACUCAGCAGCCCGUACAACAGGCGCAGCAACCAGGAAUGCCGUACGGACAGCCGGCUGAGGGACAGUAUGCACAACAACCAGGGAUGCAGUAUGCACAACAACCAGGCCAACAACCAGGCAUGCAGUACGUGCAACAACCAGGAGUGCAGUACGUGCAACAACCAGGAGUGCAGUACGUGCAACAACCAGGAGUGCAGUACGUGCAACAACCAGGAGUGCAGUACGUGCAACAGCCAGGCAUGCGAUAUGCACCACAGCAACAAGGAGUGCAGCAGGUCGUGGUUGUGCAGUCGCCGCCCCCAUCGACCUACAUGGUCUGGUCCAUCCUCAACUGUUUGUUCUGCUGCUGCCUGCUAGGUAUCGCUGCGAUCUGUUACUCAAACAAGGUGACAGAGAGGAUGGCCAAUAACGAUCAGGUCGGAGCGCUGGAAGCAUCAAGGACGGCCCGCAAGAUCAACAUCGCCGCCACUGUCGUUGGCAUCAUCGUCAUCAUCAUCAUCGUCACCAUCUCCAUCAUCUACACCAUCGUCAUCGGCAACGCCAUCUCCGACAGCUAUCACUACAACGACAAUUACUAGAGUGGCGUAGCAUGGAAUAGAUUAGAGACUAGAGUAGAGUUUACGGCCGUGUUCGGUUCGAGUGAUGCUGGUUCGAUAUAUGCUGGAUGUGUGAUUCGUGCGCGACAUAAGAUUGUUCGGUCGUCGAAAACCGCAGCAUUGCAUUGAAUUGCAUUUCCAUUGCACUAGCAGUGCAUUUGAAAUGCAGUUGCAUUGCAUUGCAUUGAAUUGUUAGGUCAGCGUGGGCAUACAAUGCAUUAUAUUGGAUAAUACACAUAUAUACAUACAUUGUUGUAUAAUACAGUACAUUAUAUUGUAUAAUACACUGUUAUAUACAUGUAUACGUUGUUAUAUAACGCUGUACAUUAUAUUGUUUAACAUGUACACUGUUAUAUACAUUCGUUGUUAUAUAACGCUGUACAUUAUAUUGUAUAAUAUGUACAUUGUUAUAUACAUGCGUUGUUAUAUAACACUGCACAUUGUAUCCUAGAAUACACUGUUAUAUAUACAUACGUUGUUAUAUAACACUGUACAUUAUAUUGUAUAAUACACUGUUAUAUACACAUACACUGUUAUAUAAUCCAGCGCAUUGUAUUGUGUAAUUAUUUGUUUCAUAUUUUUGUUCAUAAUUCAUUUCAUAUACACAUGCAUAUAUUGUUUUAUAUAAUACACGUCUUAUACUCUAUGAGAUAUAUUGUGAGAAGUCAUUGUACCAACGAUCAUAUUUUACAAUAAAGUGAUUUUCAUUAUCUAUGUCACCUCA